AUGGCUGCCGAGAACGGGUCUGCUCCCGCCCAGCAUGGCGAUGCCACCCAAAUCAAGCAAGACAGACAGACGCGGCCGCCCUCAGUCUACUUCCCCCUUGGCUACAAGGAAGCCGCCUAUCAAUGGUGGACAAGCGUAACACCGCCCAUGGUCGAGCGUAAAGUUCUCUCCUUCAUCCCGACCCUCCGCGAAGCCGCCGACAGCGCCUCCAACCCCAAUGCCUCGUCCACACCCGACCCCUUUGGCACGCGCGUCUGGCGCCGCACCAUGGUCCAGCUCUCGGGCAAGAACCGCGCCCUCAAUGAGGUCUGCGUCGAAAAGGUCGGCGAGCGCACCGACGAGACCCUCGUCGUCGUCCACGGCUACGGCGCCGGCCUCGGCUUCUUCUACAAGAACCUCGAACCCCUUAGCCGCAUGUCCGGCCUGAAGCUCUACGCCCUCGACAUGCUCGGCAUGGGCAACUCAUCGCGCCCCGCCUUCCGCAUCCACGCCAAGGACAAGGAGAAGCAGGUCAUUGAGGCCGAGGACUGGUUUAUCGACGCCCUCGAGGAGUGGCGCCAGAAGCGCAAGAUUGAGCGCUUCACCCUGCUCGGCCACUCACUUGGCGGCUACCUCGCCGUCUCCUACGCCCUCAAGUACCCUGGCCAUCUCAAGAAGCUCAUCCUGGCCUCGCCCGUCGGCAUCCCCGAGGACCCCUACGCCGUCAACGCCUCGAUGCCCGACCCUAACGAGUCCACUCUCGAGAACGAGUUCACCCAGGACCAGCAGCAGGUCACUGAAAAUGACCACAGCACCGCACAGGCCGCCAAGGCUGCCGCUGCCGCUGCCAGCAAAGCCGGCGGCGCGCCUGCCGCUCCCAGACGUCCCAUCCCCAGUUGGCUCGUCUGGCUUUGGGACGCCAACGUUUCGCCCUUUAGUAUCAUCCGCAUGACGGGUCCCCUCGGCCCGCGCUUCGUCUCGGGCUGGACCUCGCGCCGCUUCAACCACCUGCCCGGCCCCGAGGCCCAGACCCUCCACGACUACGCCUUCUCCAUCUUCAAGCAAAAGGGCAGCGGCGAGUACGCCCUCGCCUACAUCCUCGCUCCGGGCGCGUACGCCCGCCGUCCCGUCAUCAACCGCAUCCAAGACGUCGGUCGCCAGCCCCUCCCUGCCAACCAGACCGCCACGACGGCCGGCCUCACGAAGGAAACGGGCUUCCCCAUCGUGUUCAUGUACGGAGAGAACGACUGGAUGGACGUCGCCGGCGGCCUCGCCUCCGAGGAGAAGCUCAAAAAGGCCAAGGCUGACGCGCUUGCCCGCGCGACGGAGGAGGAGCGCCGCGCGGAGAAUGGCAGCGUCAAGGUCGUCAUCGUUCCCAAGGCCGGGCACCACCUCUACCUCGACAACGCGGAGUUCUUCAACGACGCGGUGCAAAAAGAGAUGGACGACGUCGUCGCCACGUCGAAGAAGAACAAGGAAUAUUGA